UGGGUGAAAGCAUCGGUGGACUGUCUAAGGGUUUUUGGCUGGCUACGUCUACCGAAGGACACCCCGAUCAGCUACAUCCACGCCGGUAAACAACAUGGGGGACUUGGUAUCCCAAGUCUGAGUGCAACAAUCCCGAUGCAGGGGAAAACGCGCAUGGAAAAGCUCCUUUCUACUCAGUGCCGAGUACUACGCAAUGUGGUCAACGUUUCCGCAUUUGGCAAAAUUGUUCGGGAUCUCAGCCUUCCGAUCCGAGUCCAUAGUGCAUGCGUAAACACCAAGGAGGAGCUGGUGGCUGCUUGGGGCGAGAGUCUGCACAACAGCGUUGACGGUCGCGGUUUACGAGAGUUGGUCACUUCGCCUCUCUCAAAUCGAUGGCUCGUAUUCCCAGAACGAGUGUUUCCACGGUUAUUUAUCCGCGGUAUCCAGCUCCGACGCAACCUGCUUAGGGCGAGAGUCAGAAGCGCUCGGCAUGGUCAUGGUGGCCAGACGAUCUUAUGUCGUGGAAACUGUGGCCAACCGGAGAGUUUGGUGCAUAUUUCACAAUCCUGCUGGAUUACGCAUGAUGCCAGAUGUGCUCGUCAUAAUCGGGCUGUUAUUGGACUGGGACUUCCUAAGGUCGCAGUCAUUGACUUGUGUUUGCUUGCCAUUUUGGGCUCUCUGCGUACUUAUGACAUUUUAUGCGUGGCACAUGGCGCUGAAGGUACAUUUUCGUCAUUUAAUCUCACACCAGACCCACAACUUCGAAAAUGUAGGACCAAGGAAGUGGUUAGAGCGCGGAUUACUAACCUGAAGGUCCGCGGUUCGAAUCCGACCUCCGCCACUCGACUUCCCCUGUCUAGGCUUGGGCAACCUGGCAGUAUCCCAGCCCUCGUGCUCCCUUCGGGUGGCAUGGCAGCUAGGCACCGGAAGGGUGCUACAGCUGAACGCUUUAUCUAUCUUCUUUUAUCCCCUCCAAUUACGAAAAUAAGGGUGGACUGGAUCAGCAUUAUGAAGCCGUCAACCAGUGUUCAACUUCCCGUUAGCGGUCUGUUACUGUUCCACCCUGACCGGAAGGUCAGUGGUUUGAACUCAACUCCAGCAUAUCGACUGUUCCUGUCUACGCUUGAGCAACCUGUCAGUAUCUCAGCCUUUGUGCUUUCGGGGAGCGUGGCAGCCAGGCACCGAAAGGGUGCUAUAGCUGAACGAGUAUUGGCUAUUAUUAUCAUUAUUAUUUAUUUGGUGGCAGAUGCCACAGUUUCGUUCACCGAUGAUUCGGGGAUAUGGGUAGGUAGACGUACACUGGAGGCGGGAGCUGAUAAACUGGAGCAACGGUUUUCCCAAUGCUGCUGCGGAUAUUUGACUGUUCAGAUGUUCGACAACUGUUGUCUCAGAACCGUAGCUCGUGUGGGUGGGUGUCGGCGAACCCGUACCGAGGAAGUUAAAAAGCGAAUCAUUUAUUGCGUAUGCCGAACCAUUGUUUGCCGACGAGAGCUGUUCUCCGAGCAGAAACAGAGAGGUGGCCAACCCUUUAUCUGGCAGAAGGGUGUGAAAGAGAUUACGAAACGUUUGGGACCUGUUGGUACUACUUGCCUUCUAGGAUGUGGACCGCGUGAUCCCCACUUCGCCUGGUUGGAGGCACUUCAAGAACGGUUUUCCCAAUGCUGCUGCGGAUAUUUGACUGUUCAGAUGUUCGACAACUGUUGUCUCAGAACCGUAGCUCGUGUGGGUGGGUGUCGGCGAACCCGUACCGAGGAAGUUAAAAAGCGAAUCAUUUAUUGCGUAUGCCGAACCAUUGUUUGCCGACGAGAGCUGUUCUCCGAGCAGAAACAGAGAGGUGGCCAACCCUUUAUCUGGCAGAAGGGUGUGAAAGAGAUUACGAAACGUUUGGGACCUGUUGGUACUACUUGCCUUCUAGGAUGUGGACCGCGUGAUCCCCACUUCGCCUGGUUGGAGGCACUUCAAGGUAAGGGUGCUAAUCGAAGUCGG